AUGUAUAUUCAUUUCCCAUUCCUUUCUUUGAUGCGAUUUGAGUUACCCGUCGUCGUGAUCAAGCACGUGCCACGUGUAACUUGGAUUUACCUAGACGGCAGUCUUUAUAACCCAACAGAUGGGAGAGCGUUGCACCUUUCUUUGACCACAGUUGAGUUUUUGUAG